AGGGAAAGAGCGACGGAACCAACAGCAUCUAGAACCCCCUUCUGUCGCUUUUCCCCGCUCCCCCCGCAGCCGUCGGAGCCUCUCGGAGGCUGAUCCCGUGCGGAUAACGCAGCUGAGGAGCUCCAGCGAUGCCGCCGGCAGGGAAGGGAUAACAGGGACAACACGCAGCACACGAGCUGGGAAGAAGGAACGGAGGGAAAAGCCGCAUCCCCGCCUCCAAGGAUUUCCCAUCGCCAAGAGGGGAAAACAAGGGAGGAAGCAAGAAUUUGACUGGGGGAGGGAGCUCGGGGAGAGAGCGGGAGCCCUGGGACUGUCUCCUGCCGUACACGCGAGUAUUUAUUGUUCUACUAAUCCGUGCCUGGAGUGUCUCAAGGAGCGGGGGACUCCUCGAGGUGGCGAGAGGAGGAGGAGGGUGAGGGGGAAAGACCCUCGGCCGGUGCCCUGAGGAUGCUCCGGGCGGCUCAGAGCAGCCGCGCUCUGCUCCAUCCCUCCCCGGCGAGGAUGCUCCAGGGGAGGGGAGGCUGCCCGGGAGUGCUCCUCCCCGGUGUCGACAGGCGAGGAGCCCCCAAACCCUUCCUUGAACCUCUCUCUUUAUUUAUUUGGGGCUUUAUUGCGCGUUUGGCACGGCGGGCGGGUGCUGCAGCUCCCGGGGGGCGCAGGGCGCGGGAGGGAUGCGGAAUUCCGGGCGAGGGCGGUGUUAGAGGGGUGAGAUCCCCUCCCACGCGUGGGCCCAUCCAGUGAGAGGGGAGACCCCCACUCCCCCGCCCGAGAAACCGCCUCCCUGAGCACCCUGUCUGCGUUUCCCAGGCUCUCCGGGCGGUUUGCAGCUUUCAGGACCCAUCUGGAGCUCCACAGCAUCGCGCUGGGUUUUACCCGCGGGGAUAAAAAUCCUUCUCCCGACAGGGGAGAGACGCUGGGCCAGAAACCCCACGGGUGAAGGGGAACUUGCAGGGAAAUCCGGGGAUGGCACCUCCAGGGCCGGGUGGUGCUGGGGGACAGCUGGAGCUCGGCUUUUACCUCCUCCCCUGCCAGGUAAAAAUCCCAGCAGGCCCGUGGGAGCUGCUGCGCUGUUGGGAUGUUUCUGUUUGAAGGAGAAAAGGAUCCCCCUCAGGCCUCUUCUUCCCUCCCUCGGAGAAAAGAUGCUCCACAGGACAGAGGGUGCCGCAGGUCUAAUCCCGCGGGGGGACUGGGGAAUAGGCGACACCUCCAACUGCAUCGGAAUCCCUCGGGGCCUCGGAUUAAAGCUGCUACGUCAGUACAUUAAAAAAAAAAAAAAUCCGACAACAGAAAACACAGCCCCAAACCUGGACGUUUAUACAGAAAAAGAGCAUCACAAAUUCCUAAUAGCUAUGAAGCAGGGACAGAGGCAGAGCGAGCUCCUUCAGGCAGGGCUGGGAGCUGAGCUCGCACAAACAGCUCCCCGGUGGACUCGUCCCACGUUCCUGCUUCGCUCGGCUCCGAGGGGGAAGACGCGGAGCUGCGAGCCCGCCGGCGAUGAGCCACCUCUACGGCAGCCACCUCUCCCCCCUGGGCAGCCCGUCCAUGGUUUACCUGCCCGCCGCCCUCGGCUUCGCCCCCGGGGGGGCGAUGUCCCGGCAAGACCCCCCUCAGAAACCCCCCUACAGCUACAUCGCCCUCAUCGCCAUGGCCAUCAAAGAAGCUCCGGAGCAGAAGGUGACCCUGAGCGGCAUCUACCAGUUCAUCAUGGACCGCUUCCCCUUCUACCACGACAACAAGCAGGGCUGGCAGAACAGCAUCCGCCACAACCUCUCGCUCAACGACUGCUUCGUCAAGGUGCCCCGCGAGAAGGGCCGGCCCGGCAAGGGCAGCUACUGGACCCUGGACCCGCGCUGCCUGGACAUGUUCGAGAACGGCAACUACCGCCGCAGGAAGAGGAAGCCCAAAGCCGCGAACCCUCCGGCCGCCAAGGCUGCCGAGCAGCCGGGGCCGCCCGCCCGCCCCGUCGAGCCCAAGCGGGCCAAGGGCAGCGCGGCCGCGGCGCCGGGGGACGCGGGGGUGCCGCGGCCGGCCGGGGGCACGGCGGCUUGUCCCCCGGCCCCGGUGCCCCCCGCUGCCGCCCCUCCGCACAAGAGCGGCUCCCGGGGCCGCAGCUUCAGCAUCGAGAGCAUCCUGGCGCAGGGGCUGCGGCCGGCGCCGCCCGGGGCAGCGCCCAAGGCGGCCCGGGCCAGCCCCGCCGGCUGCCGCGGCGGCUCGCUGGUGGCCAGCGGCGGCUUCGGGCCGGCCCUCAACGCGUCGCUCAUGCUCGACUCCCAGGUGCACGGGAGGCUUUACCACAUCGGCAUCCCCUUCCUCUCCUGCUUCCCUCUGCACUUCUCCGAGGCGGUGUUUAAUUUCCAGUAGCUGCCCCCCCUCUCCCCAAUUAAGGCGCUCCCGGCCCCGAGCGCUGCUGCGGGGGGCGCGGUGGGAGGGAGAGAUCGGACCCAGACCUCACCACGCGGGUAAAGACCUAAAAAAUCCCCCCCAAAAGCGAUGUUUUAAAGGUGACUCAGGAUUUCAGGGCAUUUUCAAGGCGCGUCUUGCUGCGGACUUCCUUUUGCGGGUGCCUCCCACCCCCUCCAGAGCGACUUUGGAAGGUAAAGCGGCUUUGUGCUCCCGUGGGCGGUGGAGGCAGAACCACGCUGGCCCCAAGACCCGUGCUCUGCACCUUUAGUCUUUGCAUCCCUCAGGUUCCUCCGAGAAGGUUUCCCUCGAGCCCUUCAGGUCUCUGUUUUCUUCUUUUAUUUUUCCUUUGAAAGCCAAGCCCCAUCCCGGGGGGAUGAGGCCGAGUUUUGUUUUGCCAUCAAUACCCACAGGGAUUAAUAACGCCCGUAAUUUUGCCAUCAAUACCCACAGGCACAUGAUAAUUCCUGAUAUUCCCCACUGGCCCAGUCCUCCCAGUGGGUAACUGGAGCUGAACUCAUGGCAGACCAAGCAAUCCAGGCUCAUCCUGAAUAUUCCUGCUUGCAGAGACCCAGCAUGGCGUGGAACUGGUUUUCCUGCUCAGCACUGGUACUUUGGAGUAUCCCCAGAGAGUUUCUGCUCAUGGAUGUGGCCAAAAAAAAAAAUAAAAGGGGAUGGAUGAGCAACCACAGAGAUUUGUCUUGUUCCAUCUCUUACUGGGAUCAGUUGCUUCUGACCAGAAAAGACUGAGGCAGGGUUGUGGAGGCCAGGAGAAAUACCAGGAAAAAAAAAUACAAAAAGAGACAUCAGCUAUGUUUCUAAAGUUUUAUUUUUGAAAAGAAGGGAGAAUCCUGACACAUUGCAGGAAAUCAGGAAUAUUUUGUAUUUUUGUUUGCCAUAAAUAGAGGCUCUUUGUAUAUUCGUGGAUAAAUGCCCUUUUGGGGGAAAAAAAUUAUAUUCUCAGUUUUCAUUAUGAAACCGAACCUAUAUCCAAUAAAGGUAUUUUUGUUCAGGA